AUGGCGAGAGGAUCUAACACAGCCCUUGUUGUACGCGUGGCCGACGGCGAAUCGCAAAAACUGUGCAAAGAGGACAUCCCGAUCCCUUGUCCAACAGCGAAUCAAGUGCUUGUGAAGAUAUCUCAUGUCGCGCAGAACCCAACCGACGUCCAAUCCUUUGAUCGAAACGCCUUCGGUGAUGGAGCUGUUCUUGGUUGCGAUUUUGUUGGAGAGGUCGUUGAGCUGGGCAGCCACGUCACCCGGUUCGCCAGGGGCGACCUUGUGGCAGGGUUGAUAUGGGGAGGCUUAAGGUACCAGCUUGCUGGUUUGGGGCGGCAGCUCCCGAGGCAUGCUGACUUGGUCCGCUCAUACGGUGCCAAGCAUGUCUUUGACUACAACGACCAGGGACCCCACCUCGUCCAGCACCGCCUCGCUCGCCCUCACGGAGGGGUAGGAAACCUCUGUACCGUACGACCGGGCAAGGCCAACACCAAGGGCGUCGCCGCCGGCACGCACGUCACAAAUGUCCUGGUGUGGACAGCUUUCCUGAAGGAUCACAGUUAUGGCGAAUUCAAGUGGCCUGCUUCGAAAGAUGACCAUGAGCUUGCCAGCGAACUAUUCGAGAAUUUGCCCUCGUGGUUGGAGGAAGGCACCAUCAGACCAAAUAGCGCGAAGCUCCGUCUCGGAUUGGACGCAGUUUCGGAGGGGUUUCAGGAAUACAGAGAUGGGAAGAUCUCCGCCUACAAGUUAGUGUAUGAACUGUGA